AUGGCGAAUGAUUACGAGAACUGGCCGGUGAACUCUGUAAAUAAGCGAUCCCUUCGACCGGUCCUCUUCGAUCUUGGGAUCGCGAAUUUCAACGACGUACCCAAGGAGGCUCUUGUGGAAAUGUUUCUCGACUUUGAUAAGCGAUACCAUCCUCUGUCUCUGAGCGACCCUGAUGAUAGAAAGAAGGUGAACGACGCACAGAAGGCUGAGUUGAGACAAGAGAAGGCAGAGCAAGAGAAGAAGCGUAGCGGGAACGCAGCAGCAAAGUUUGAAGAAGGACAGAAGACAGAGACGACCACGGUGAGGCAUGCGGAGACUAAGGCCAACGCUCAAGAAGAUGAAGCUACCCCGAUCGACGGCGAAGCAGCGGAUCGAGAUCAAGACGGAGAUGUGCGUAUGGCGGGAGAUGGGGAUGCGGCAGAGGCAGUACCGUUGGUCGAUCCGACGGCGGAGGCGGUCUCUAGUCCCGUCGACGGCGGGGGCAAGCGCAAGCGUCCUGCCACAGUGAGUCCAUCUGACACCAAGCGGGCACGUACCGACCGACCGAAGACAUCGUUAAUCGUGAAGUUGAAGUUGCGGACUAAGGACGGAGUUGCGACUGGCGGCAUGCAGACUGCGACACAAGUAAGUGAGACCGAGUGCGACAAGAUCCUGGCUCUUGCUAACGACAAUGCUCAGGGUCUUGGUGCUCGUAAGCGUUCGAGACAAGCUGCUGGGGACAUGCGCACAGCAAACACCCGACGCACCCUUAAGAAGCCAGGUUCGAGGCUACAGCAUGGCGUAGCAUCUCCUCUUGAGCUCGCAAACCCCAUGGAAGGCAGCAAGAACAACCCUGGCGAUACAGGCGCUCAAGGAGUGGGCGAUGUAUCCGGCACCGUUCCUCCCACCAACGCACCCGAAAAGCUCCCGACCCGACACCAUCCGCAAUGUACCACCAGGAAGAUGGCGAAAGCGCCAGGCGUGAGUGAAGACGCCGCUGCCGAUGACACAUCCGAUGAAAACGAACGAUUGUCCGAAGGGGAUGCUGCAUCCGACGCUGCAUCGGCAGAGAACACCGAAGACACGCCUGGUCAUACAGGGCCGAUGCUACCUGAGGAAGAGUGGAUUGACUAUGAUGACAACUCGAUAUCGCCAUACGAUGAGGUAGCGGCGCGGACUAUAGUCGCAGAGAAUAGUGGCAAUCUAGGUUCUAGCCGUGAUCCUAACCUCGUUAUUGGCUUCAAGGGUACACACAGGGUCGACGGUUAUAUGCAUAUCCCUCUGCUCUAUUGGGCGAAGCAGAUGAAUCCCGACACUCUGGAUUCCGCACAGUUGGUGCUCUACAAAGUGCAGAAGAAAGAGUGGGAAAGGCAGGAUGCACUCAUGGCGGGAAAGCCGGCUCCGAAAAAAGUGGUCAAGCCCAAGCGGAAACGCUGGGCUGAUGUGUAG